AUGCCAAUGGCCUCAGAAACUAAAGCCUGGGCAUUGUUGGCAAAGCCAAUGUCCCAUGAAAGAAUAAAGGACAAAUGCAAGAAUAUCAAAUUGCAGUUCAUAUACCACAUGGAAAAUGGUGCUGAUUGGUUGGCAACUCGACUCCGAUUAUCUGGUUCUGAUAGCUUGGGAUUUAUUCAUGCAAAUGACAAUGGGGUGUUUUCACCAAGCUGCAAACGACUCAAGAUUGGGAAGGAACCGCAAAAUUAUGUUGAGAUGGUGGAUAACCAAGUGGGAUCUACCCCAAGGCCACUUGAUAUGCCCACAGACAACUUUGUUGAUUCCCCUCAACAGACCAAUGGUUUGGUCAAUCAGAACAGCAUGGAAGCCAAUGUGGACACGAUAUUAGGAGAAGACUAUAGCUUUGAGGAAUCUUCCACAGGUUGUGGUGGUCUGAACAAAACCCAAGUCCUGGCUGAUAACUUGUAUAAAUGUCCUGACUGCAGCUAUACAUCAAAUCAGUUGGGUAAGAUAAAGUGUCAUUUCCUGAUUCAUGAAGGCCAGAAGCCUUUGCAAUGUGACAAUACAUCUGGCCAAUUCGAAACACCUGUUCAAACUCAAACUCCCACUCCGAAAAAGACCAUCAAAUGUAGCUACUGUGACUUUGCUUGUGAUCGUGUGGUAACCCUAACACGGCACAAGAGGAAACACAUGAAAAAUAAGCCUGCAUUAGGAAGAAAGAGCACUGUUUCAAGUAAACUCUUGCGGACAGAAAGUGACCGAUCUACUGUCGGAAGUGAUGAAAAGAAGUUUUACAACUGCUCAUAUUGUAGCUAUACAUCAUCAUUGAUGGGGAACCUGCAGCGCCACAUUCGAAUUCACCUUGGAGAGAAGCCCUUUAAGUGUGACCAGUGCUACUAUGCAACUGGCCAGUCAGGGAACUUGAAGCGCCAUAAGCUAACUCAUACACAGAAAAAGUCUUUCACGUGCAAUCAAUGUGAUUAUGCAUCUGGUCAGAUGGGAAAUCUCAAGCGUCAUAUGCUGAUCCAUACAAGAAAAAAAUCCUUCAAAUGCAGCCAGUGCGACUACACAGGGGAUAGCAUGGCAGAUUUAAUGCGGCACAAGCAAAAUCAUAAAGAUGACAAAAGUUUACUGCGCAAUAAUGAAACUGAUGCAACUGCAAUUAAAGCAAGUGGUGAGGAGAAGCCUUAUAAAUGUUUAUACUGUAGCUAUGCAUCACCUUUGCUUGGAAAUCUCCAACGACACACCCGUAUUCAUCUUGGAGAAAAACCUUUCAAGUGUGACAAAUGUGAUUAUUCCUCCUGUCAAAUGGGGAACCUUAAGCGUCAUUCACUCACACACACGCGGGAAAAAAUGUUCAAAUGCCACCAUUGUGGAUACAGCUGUGGUAAUUUAUUAGACUUAAAACAGCAUAAAGAGACUCACAUCAAAGGAAAGCUUCAACAAGAUGAGGAAAAUAACGUACAGGAUACAUCAAGCGUUACCAAUACAGCCUCAAACCAUACUCCUGAGCAAGUUGCAACAAACAUUGGAGAGGCAAAGCCUUAUAAAUGUUUAUAUUGCGACUAUACGUCACUACUGUUGGGGAAUCUUCAAAGGCACACUCGAAUUCACCUGGGAGAGAAACCCUUCAAAUGUGACCAAUGCGACUAUGCAACUUACCAGUCAGGGCACCUUAAGAGGCACAGACAGACCCACACACACAGAAAAUCGCUCAAAUGUCGCAUAUGUGACUAUGUCUGUAACAACAUGGUAGACCUAAAGCAACACCAGCAAGAACAUACUGAGAAAAACGCAAGUGGAGAAAAGAAGCCUUACAAAUGUACAUACUGUAAUUACGUAUCUUCUUUAUCAGGGAACCUUCAAAGGCACAUUCGGAUUCAUCUGGGAGAAAAGCCCUUCAAAUGUGAUCAGUGUGAGUAUGCAUCGCACCAGUCCGGAAAUCUCAAGCGUCAUGUAUUAACUCAUUCUCGACCCAAGUCAUUUAAAUGUGGCAUCUGCUAUUACACCUGUAGCUCUGUAAUAGAAUUGAAGGAACAUAAGGAGAGUCAUGUCAAGAAAGAAUUGCUGUUGGAAGAUGAUGAGAACGGAAAUGAGAAAACUCAAGAGCUUUACUCCUGCAAGCUGUGUAGCUUUAUCUCAGAGUACCCAGGCCACCUCAUGCGCCACAUGAAAACGCACAAUUCAGAGAAACCCUAUAAGUGUCACUACUGUAACUACGCAACAGUGCAACAGGGUAAUCUUAAACGGCACAUAUUAAUCCAUACUGGGGAAAAGCCCUUCAAAUGCAAUGAGUGUAAUUACACUUGUAGCCGCAUGGAAAAUUUGAAGCGGCACAAGCUAAUUCAUGCAGAGAAAACGUUUUCGGGGGAAGGCGGCAGUUCAGUGAAAUCCGAGAAACCCUAUUGUUGUGUAUUGUGCAAUUUUAAAGCCCAGUACCCAAGUAUACUUGCAAGGCAUGUGAAGACGCAUGCAGAAUCAACGAGGAAAAGCACAGGUAAAAAACCUUUCCGGUGUGAGAAAUGUAUCUACUCUACUAGUAGUGUAAUCAGAUGGAAGGUACACUUGCAGAAUCAUAUGGAUAAUGAAGGGGAGCUACAUUGCAAGGAAGAGAGAGAGUGUGAAAAUGUCCAAAAAUAUUUCUCUUGCAAUCUGUGUGACUUCAUUACGCAACAUCCCAAUGAUUUAAUGGGACAUAUGAAAACACACAGCACAGGCUCAGCGUCCAGUGAUUCCCAGGUGCCUUCCAAAGAGACUGUUGUUGUUCAUCAUAGUAGUGAAAACAUAUUUUCUUGUAAAUUGUGCAGUUUUGUCACCCAAUACCCAAACCACUUCAUAAUGCACAUGAAAACGCACAUGAAAACGCACAGCAACAGCAAAAGUGAAUACCAGUGUUCCCACUGCAACUAUACUACCAAACAAUCUGGAAAUUUCAAACGCCAUAUCCAGGUACACUUAGGUGUCAGGCCAUUUAAAUGCAACAAAUGCAACUACGCAUCCAUUAAUUUUGCAAAUUUGAAGAGGCACUUACAAACGCACUUGAAGCAAGCAUCUAGCCAGUUGGAUUCCUCAUCUUGUCAAAUAGUUGAUCUUGUACAACUGGAGAAUACUAGCAUAAAAAAAGAAAAAGAGAAUGAUUUGUGUUUACAGGAAGAUAAGCUUGAAAAUGAUGUUCCCGAACACGUCUCCUCUCAACCAAGUGGAUCUUUCCACAGUCGUGUUUCAAGGAAUUUGAAACGGAGAAGACCAUAUAAAUGUUCCCAUUGCUAUUAUGAGACUAUAGAGUUGGGGAACCUUAACAGACAUAUCAGGAGCCACAAAGGAGAAAAGCCUUUUAAAUGCAGCCAGUGCAAUUAUGCUUCCACGCAAUUGGUCAAUGUCAAACGACACCUUCGAACACAUGCAGGAAAAGAAUCCUAUCAGUGUACUCAAUGUGCGUUUGUAUCUGAGAGCAAGGCAGCCUUUAAACGCCACACAGACAAUCACCUGGCAAGGAUGGAGAUUAAACAAGAAGUGGAAGAUGGAAAUAGCCUUAGCAAGGAACAGAAAGUCUUCUCUUGCAGAUUGUGUAAUUUUGUCUCGCAGUACCAGAGCAACCUCAUAAGACACAUGAACAUACACAACUACAAAAGGCCAUAUAAAUGUUCACAGUGUAACUAUGUCUCUGCGCAACUGGGCAACCUUAAGCGGCAUAUGAGGAACCAUAUAAAGAAAGAAACUUUCCAGUGUGACCAGUGUAACUACUCAUGUGCUUCUAUGACCAACCUCAAGCGACAUGCCAGAGUUCACACAAUGGACAGAUUAUGUUUCAUUAGAUUUGCUGCUGAAAGGGAAUCACUGACAGUGUCGUGUGUUCUUUCUGUUUUUGCAGACUCCGAGGUUUUGGACUUCCUGCAGAGUGCCGAUGAAGCUGGAAGCCUGCUGGACACAGGGAAUGGAGCGGUGGAAUCUGGCUCAUUCCCAGGACUGUUACUUCCUCUCACUUGCCAGCGGUGUGGCAUGGUGCUGGAUGACUCUGUACGGGCAACUUGUUUGGUCGGCCAGCACUGCCCAAGGUGUGUCUUUGAUGGCUUGAUCCAUGGUUUCGGGGAGGAAGGGGAAGGAGAGGAUUUAGGAGGAGGACAGAACAGCCCAGAAAAAGGUGACAAGGUUUUCCCUUGCAAGCUGUGCACUUUUAUCUCUCAGUAUCCCAAUCACCUGAUGAGGCACAUGAAAACCCACAGUGGUGAAAAACCAUACAAAUGCUCGCAAUGCCAGUACGCUUCAGCUCACCUUGACAAUCUCAAGAGGCAUGUCCGCAUUCAUACUGGUGAGAAGCCCUUCAAGUGUGAUCGGUGCAAUUAUGCCUGUGGCAACCUGGCGAACCUGAAGAGACAUGAACGCAUCCACUCGGGUGACAAACCAUUUAAGUGCCAUAUCUGCAAUUACAGCUGUAACCAGAGCAUGAAUCUCAAACGCCACAUGCUGAGGCACACUGGAGAGAAGCCGUUCAAAUGUCCCCAGUGUGAGUACACCACUGGACAUUGGGACAACUACAAAAGGCACCAGAAGACACAUGGAUGGAUGGAUGGAUCCCAGAAGGACUUCCAGGAACAAAGACAAGAAUCAGGCAUGACAGGCUUGAGGAACAUGGAUUGAUUACUCUUUGUCAGGAUGUUUUGUCAACAACUGGAACCUAUAUCAGUGCUACACAAAUGGUUGAAUUCCAUUUUUAUUGGACUUCUAUUGUGAGUUUUUUUUCUAAGCAAAAGUCUGAUUCGUACAUACCACAUGAGCCUCAGGAAUACUUGACUUAUAAUCAAACCCGUCUCACAACAUGCGCUUCUUGACAGUACGCCGAAGCAUGACAUCCUGCACCAAACCCUGCUCGUGUUACUAGAAUCAUAGAGUCAUACAGCAUGGAAACAGGCCCUUCAGUCUAAUCAGUCCAUGCCGAUCAUAAUCCCAAACUA